AAUAGACAGGUGAAUUGGGCUGAACGCGUUGGGGGCGAUUUGAAUUUGAAGGAGGAGGUGAAGUGUGCUCAAGUGUGAAGAACGAUUAGGGUUUACCCGUUUGGAUAGAAGAGGGAAAAAAUGGGUAGCGAAGAGGAUUCGAUUGAGCAAAGCGUUGCAUCCCGUCGCGAAAGACUGCUAGCUCUCAGAGCCGCUCAGGAGUUGUCCAGUGCUGCCGAACCUGAACCCAAGGACAACAACGACGAUGAUAAUGAAGAAGAUCAAGAACCUCAAGAAAUGAAGUUCCGUAACUACGUUCCUCACGACAAAAACCUUCAGGAAGGGAAGCUUGCCCCAGCGGUUCUCCCAAAGUUCGAAGACCCUGUGGAUGCCGUGCCUCCACCCGAGCCUGAGGCCGCGGAGGAUCCGUUUCUGAACAUUGCUCCGAAGAAACCUAAUUGGGACCUUCGGAGAGACGUGCAGAAGAAGCUUGAUAAGCUCGAGAAGCGAACUCAGAAGGCUCUCUAUCAACUCAUGGUGGAACAAGAGAAGCAAAAUCAAUUGACUGAAGGAGAUGAUACAAAUGGCACAGCAGAGUAGAUUGCAAUUUGUUCCGGCUGCUGAAAGAAAUUGAAGCAAUAUGUUGAAAAUUCCUGUCCCAUUUAAGCUGCUUAAAGCAUAAAAAAUUAGUUUCUAAUACACUAGUCUUUGCGAUUUUGCAGUGUAUCGUGAAUAUUGUAUCAUUCACUUCUCUUCAAUGACUAAGUAUGAGUGUAUUAGAUCUGUUUUUAGAGGUGAAAUAUCCCUGGAUUCUGAUAGUUGUAUUAAUUUUAUUAUACAAGGGAUUCCCUCUUUUUAAGUUCCCUGGCCAUAGUGCCGAAACUAAAUGUGUAAUUGAAUUGACAUAAGGAAUUGACAUAAGUGAGAGUUCUGCUAUGGAUCUAA